UAUUACAUGCCGGUCUAUCAGGUUUCCGGUGUUAUGGCGACCACCGCCAACAUCAUCUUCGCUUCGGUCUGGAGGAUAGCAGGCUGUGCGUUCAGGGUGCUGUGAAGAGCGGCGGCUAUCUCACAUGUCUGUGUAAUUCUGACUAUGCUGCUCUUGGUAGCACUGGGCACCGUUUUUUCUUUCACUGUGGUCACCACUGAGAAGGCUGAGAACACCAACCACAAACCACCAGCACCGCUGCUCAACUACAGCAGGAUCUCCCUGCCGCCAGAGCACGUACCCUACUUCCUCUUCAACAACAAGAGGGUGGCCAAGCAAUGCCGCCUGGACCCACUCUGCCCCUUUAAAGAUGUGCUGCAGGAUCUGUCUGCCUGUUGGGGUUAUGAGAAGAACUGUGAUCCAGGGAAGCGCUUUAGUUAUCCAGUCUGUACCAAAGCAGACUCUGGAUGGGCCCGUUCACUGGAGGCAGCCCAGGAGCUUUUCUGGAAGCAGGCUGAUUUUGGCUACGUCAAAGAACGCCUCUCUGAGUUCAACACACUCUGCAAGGCCAGCAAGCCAGGGGACUCAUCAUUAAGAUGUAGCAGCCACACACGAUUCUGUAAGGCAACUAAUCUUUACCUGGACUUGCGUAAGCCGCGCAGAAGUCAUGAGAGAUACAAGGAGGACUUCAUUCAGAGUGGUGAGAUUGGUGGUCGGUGCAGACUGAACAAGCGAGCGCUCACUGCUGAGGGAGAGCACAAGAGCCCCUUACAAUCUUGGUAUGCUGAGCUGCAGACAUACACUGAGCUGGACUUUCAUCCCACUGAGGACGCACACUGUGACAUCAUCAUUGAAAAACCCACUGUUUUCAUGAAACUGGAUGCUGGAGUGAACAUGUACCACCAUUUCUGUGACUUUGUCAACCUCUACAUCUCCCAGCACAUUAACAACUCCUUCAGCUCAGAUAUUAACAUCAUCAUGUGGGACACGAGUUUUUAUGGUUAUGGAGAUCUGUUCAGUGAAACAUGGAGGGUUUUCUCAGACUACGACAUCAUACACCUGAAGACCUAUGACUCAAAAAGAGAGGGGCGUGUUCGUGUCACCCUGCUGGCACGCAGCACAGAAUACAGACGGAUUUUAAACCAAGUGGAGCUGGUAAAUGCCCUCAAGACUGUGCCUUUACUGGAGGUCAAUGUGGUGGACUACAAAUACAAGGAUGUUCCCUUUCUGGUGCAGUUGAGGAUCACCCACAACUCUGACAUCUUCAUAGGGAUGCACGGGGCGGGUCUCACACAUCUCCUUUUCCUCCCUGACUGGGCUGUCAUCUUUGAGCUAUAUAAUUGUCAGGAUGAGAGUUGCUAUCGAGAUUUGGCUCGGCUGCGGGGCAUUCGAUACGUGACUUGGCAGAAAAUGGACAAAGUGCUCCCACAGGACAAGGGUCACCAUCCCACCCUCGGGGACCACCCGAAGUUUACCAACUACUCCUUUGAUGUGGGGGAGUUCAUGCGCCUUGUGCUGGAAGCAGCUCAUUACGUCAUGCUCCAUCCCAAAUGGCAGCGUCGUACCCCUCAUGAUGAACUUUAGUCUGCUGAGGAACUUUUAAUAUGAACCUGCCGUUUGUUGUGAUCUAAAGACCACUUCACAGUCAUUUUUAAAGUUACCUCAUCCACCAGUGGAUAUCAGUGGUCUGGGAGAGUAUUUGUCACCCCCUGUCCGCUGCUUUGAUGGGCCUGGAUGAGUCAAAGCUGGAUGGCGGACAACUGGGUGUGGAAUAGCUUUGACAAGGUCUAUUAGUUUCAAAUCAGUUAAAGGAUGAGGCGUGUGCAGUCCAAGCAUCUGGAAAGCGAUAAGAUGUGUCCUAUGUUUCUUCAUUAUCUCCGCUGCAUCUACUUUAUUCCACACCGACAAAGUUAGCUAAUGAGCAGCUGUUAUGGCAUCCCUUCACAUGCGACAUCUUGUCACAUUUGAUCAGAGUCACCUUGAUGCGAUCCUCUUCAGAGCUGUUGACAAUCACACCAGAGUUUCUGAGCACACCCAGCAUACACAAAUGUAAUAUGUUGCACACUAUUCACAUGCUGGAUUCCCGCAUAUAGUUACAGACUUUUUGUGCAGUUAGUUUGACAAAUGAAUUUUCAUGGUUUUAAGGUGUGCUCAUCACAAACACUAACAUCUCUAAAAAUAAGAGACAAAAGUGAAGACACUCCUACUCCUAAGAGGGAUUUUAUUUAUACCAGUAUUAAUUAGCAUUCUUAGAUGUGCAGCACUACUUUUUUAAACACUUUAAUAGUAACUACUCUGAACCAUACAUUGAAGUAUUUGUUAAUAAAAUUCAACACUCCAUUCAGUUGUUUCAUGCAAUAUAAUGAAAAUAAUGUUAGUUUUGUCAGCUAAAUAUCAAAAUAUCUGGCAGGCUUUUAAAUCUAACUUUUAUUUUUGCCUCUUUUUGAUGUAUCUAUCUUUUACUUGGUAACAUUUAUUAUUUAAACAAAUGUAUAUCUUGUUGGUUUGAUGGAAAAUGUCACUGAUAUUUGAUACUGAUGUCUAUUUUUUUUAUUGUCAAUUCCUUUGCAUUUUACCAAAGGAAAUGCAUUGUCAGUAUGGUGAAAUGAUAAGGGUGCUGCUGUUGUCUGUUACCUUUCCUAAAGGUUUGAUGUUUUACAGUAAACUAGUCUGAAGUGGAAUAAGCACAAUUUGCAUGCAGUCUGAUGCAAUGCACAUGUGUAUUUUGAGCGAUCAGAAGAUAAUUUUUUAUGUAUCUUGGCCUCUCUGUGAGCUUGAUCUUUUAUUUAUUGAUGAAACCAUGUUGAACUCAGACCUCAGUCAGACCUUUCUGGUCAGGGCUUUGCUUGACUUGAAGGCAAUUUCAUAAUCAAAAGCUGUGUAAUAUUUUGAAAUAAAUAAUUCUAAGAAACGCUGAA